AUGUCCUCCACGCGCCACAAUGCAUCGGCAACCUCGUCUGAAAGGAAACGCUUGCGCGAUAGACGCGCUCAACAGAACCUGCGAGAGAAACGGGAGAACCGCAUGCGAGCUUUAGAGGAGCGGGUGUCCUAUUGCGAGAAGAAUCAUGGCAACGAAUUGAUUCACAAUUGUAUGCUCACCGUGGAGACUGUUAGACGGGAAAAUGAGCUUCUUCUAGCUCGACAAGAACACCUUCGUCGUCUCUUCCAGGGCUGGGAGGCCCAGGGCAAUGGCGCGGCGGGGGCACGUCUAGCACUUUCUUCAACGUAUAUGGCCUCCGACCCUCUACCAGCACCGACGACACCGAUUUGUAGCCCGGGCAGUGAGACAGUCUUGGUCGAUCCCGAGAUGCACACUAUGUCUGGCUGGUCCGGCAAUGGUAUAGAAUUUCCACAUCUCGGGUCAACUACCGAUGGUCUCACAGCUACAUCGAUGCCUAGCACGUGGCCCGUGGGGUCAGGCACUCAAAGCCCACCCUCACCAAUUAUUGAGCUUGGCCUGGUGCCCGAUAUGCACCCCACCCCCGGCCCAGACACGUGCCCGUUGAUGACCCCUAAGGAGUAUACCCAUAUCACCGCUAAUACUCGUUGGGAUGGGUGGCUAGCGGUGUCAGAGGCCAUCGCCAAGCUACCACUUCUAUCGACUCCCUUUGAGCUGCUACAUGGCUCCAGGCGUAACUGGCUAGCAGACCAGAUCAACCGAUUGCUUAGACGGAUGAGCCUCCGAGAGCCCGACCGUUUAGCAUACAGCUGGAUCAUGUAUUCUUUUGUUAAAUGGCGGGCCAACCCUUCCCCUCUUGCAUAUGCCAACAUGCCAAAUUUCAUACAACCUGUGGCGGGGCAAGUACGGCAGGAUCAACAUGCUGAUUUGGUUUUCUUCCUGUGGCCACAACUACGGCUGAACGUGCUGGAGAAUUGGAAUACCAUCGAUAUUAUAGAACUCUAUAGAUAUGCCAUCAGCGCCUGUAGAGUGCGGUGGCCGUCGUCCCAGAGUAUUUGGGACUGGGAUGACAACAACAACAUGUUUGUGAAGCCUGAAUUCUUUCAGACCUUCAUGGACCGGAGUGGCUGGGGGUUAACAUCGGUCUUCAUCGAUAAAUACCCGCAGUUGAUGAAGGGGAUGGAUGUGGAACACAUCCGAUACGACAUUCCGUAG